UCAACGAACAAAGAUUAACUCAACGAUGCUUAAGUCAUAAAACCUCGAACACAAAAUAGGCCAUUCAAAGAUGCAAAUUGCUGAAUUGCUGGUAUUGAAAGUCCGGAAAGAAUAUUUCAAAGUUCAGAGCACAUCAGGAACACACUGACAACGAAAUAGCUUACACCGAACGUCCCUCUUUCUCAGUUCACGAUCCAGCCUUCCAGCAGAUGGACCACUGCAUUGUUUCAUGACAGGAGGAGUCAUUUCUCAACUGGGGGUAUAAAUCCGUCUGACAAUUCUGGAAUUGGCAUCAGUGAAGUUCUUGAGCUUGUGAAAACAAUAGCUUCUCCAAGUUAAAGAACUAAUACAAUCCCAGGAAAACAUUUUAAUACUUCCGACGAAAAUGAGACGUGAAAUUUCGAGGUUUUUUGCUCCAAUGCUGUUGGCCCUCUUAGUGUUGGCAGUCACCGGAUUUGAUGGGAAUUUAGCAGCAGAAACGAGCACCCCGAAAGUCGACGUUGAACGAAGACCGACUGGUUCGGGAAAUGUGACGGAGGCGAACGCUGAUCGUCACCCCGAUCAAGGGGAAAGCAGAAUUUUUGGACUGUUGAAAUCACAUGAAAAGAAUAAGCGACCUAAGUCAGGCUACGGAGCACCGAAGCCUAAAGGCCAGUACGGAGCCCCGAAGGCACAAUAUGGACCUCCAAAGUCACAAUACGGACCUCCAAAGCAACAAUAUGGACCACCAAAGCAACAAUACGGGGCGCCAAAACCAAACUACAAAGCUCCAGCCUACAGCCCACCAGCUUACAGCCCACCAGCCUACAGUCCUCCAGCUUACAGUCCUCCAGCUUACAGUCCUCCAGCUUACAGUCCUCCAGCUUACAGUCCUCCAGCUUACAGUCCUCCAGCUUACAGUCCUCCAGCCUACAGUCCACCAGCUUACAGUCCACCAGCUUACAGUCCACCAGCAUACACUCCACCAGCAUACACUCCACCGGCUUACAGCCCUCCUGCUUACAGCCCACCAGCUUACAGCCCACCAGCCUACAGUCCUCCAGCCUAUAGUCCUCCAGCCUACAGUCCUCCAGCUUACAGUCCUCCAGCUUACAGUCCUCCAUCCUACUCUCCGCCGUCUUACAGUUCUCCUUCUUACACUACUCCAUCUUACAACACUCCUUCCUACACUUCUCCUUCUUAUAGUGCACCGGAAUAUAGUUCACCAGACUACAGCGCUCCAGAAUAUCCUGUUGGUCCACUUGAAACCGAAGCCCAUCACUCUUCUCCAGAGGCACCUAGUUACGAAUAUUCAGAAUACUCUCCACCUGCCUACACAGAAACACCAGCUUAUCAACAACCAGAGUAUUCUCCUGAGCACAGCGAUGCUCCUUAUGCUCCACCUUCAGAGCCUGAAUAUCCUUCACUUUACAACGAGGGUGUUUCAAACUUCCCGGAAUCAAACAAAGAUUUCAGUGAGAACUUCUUUGGACAUGGCAAUGAUUUUCCAAAAUUUGAUGAUUUCUUAAAACCUAAUACCUUUGAAUUCCCUAGUUUUAAAGAGUAAGUUUUCUACGCUUUCUAGUACGCCGAAGUCCAGCGAAAUUUAAGAGUCAGCUAGAAACAUUGCAUCCGUUUUAACGAGUCGUUCCCUUUUUCCAUAUUAGCAAACCACCUGUUGUUAAGUUAUCCUAUUUCUGCAUUCUCGUCAUAAUUUGAACGCUAGACGGAAGAGAAAAAAAAAUCAACGUUUAAGAUGCCGAGUUUGCAAAGCUCAUCAAUUGAAUGGAAAUGUUGUCCAUGUAAAAAUCGUGAGAUUAUGUAACUUGUUAUGUUAUUAGUUCAGUAUGUUAUGCUUUACAGGAUUUGGGGAUUCAUCUAAAUAAAAUUUAUCAUAGAGACCAA